AUGAGCUAAUCACCAAUAGUUUUAGAAGAAGCUGCUAAUUCAUCCUCUUUACAUGAUAAAAGUCUCUACAAAAAUAUAGAAACAAAAUUUAUGCUAAAUUCAUUCUAUAGUCAAUCUCAAGCAAACUAACUUUAGUAAUCACCAAGCUCUAACGGAUCUCUGAAGGCUUCACCAUAAAUAUAUCACUCGCCUCAGAUUGGCUCAAAUAAUUAAAAAAUAUCAAAAUUUAAUACAGAGAGUGGAUUUUCGCCUUCUUUAAAAAAUAGAAUUAUUUCAUAAACUACAUUAAAUAGAGGCAGCAAUACUCCACCUCCUUCAUUUUUUAAGCAAACUGAAAAUUUUAAAGAGAGUCCAAUAUUAACUGAAUAGGGGGAAACAAAAAAUACUAGAAGGUAGACAAUUAGUACUAACAUUGCUUUUAACUAUAAAAACUCAAAAAGUGUUUAAUAUCUUCCAUCCUUUGGAUUUAACUCAGAAAAUAAAGCAAAGAAAGAAGAAACAGUUUAACUACCUCAAAUUGAAUAAUUUCAAGCAACUAAGUCUGUUUAAAAGAUAAAAAACAAACUUUCUCAGCUUGAAGACAAAUAAUGCUUCUUCAAUGAAAUUAAUAAACUCUCUAGGAAAUCGUUAUGCAGUAAUAUAAAUACAAUAAGUGAAUAAGUUAAAAUAUUUGCUGCUAUUCCUGAUACUGCUAGUAAAUCUAACACAAACCAAUAAUUAGAAAGAGAUUAAUUUAAUUAAAACCAGCAAUAAGCUUAAAAAAAUAUUGACAAGAAAAGUCUUUAAGAAUAUACCAGUUUAACUUUGCAAAUUAACAAGUCGCCUAAACUUGCUCCUACAAGCCGCCCAUCUAUAUUUUAGGAAAGUCAAAAUUCAAUUAAGAGUGAUUAAAGACUAACUCCAUAAAAGGCUUAUGGUCCUAAUCCUAACAGCUGUUUGAAUAAACUUUGCUUAACAUCAAAAGAAACAAACGAAUAUGAUUCUCUUUCUACUUAGAAGACCAAAAAUGGUACUCCUAUGAAAAAAGCUUCAAUCAUUUUUAAGUAUCCUAUUGCAGAAAAUUCAAGCGGUGCAUCAACUUUACAGGAAAUCGAAGGCAGCAAUGGUACAUUAUAAAACAUAAUCAGUAAUAAUAAUAAAGGUAAGCAUCAAACAAAAGAUUAAAAUAAGGAAGCUAGUGAUAUUUAAUCAUCUCAAACAUUCUCUUCAGAAGAGGAAUCUACUUAAACCUUGAUUUCAUAAAUUAAUAAUAAUCAACCAAAUAUAAAAAACUUUAACAAUCUCCAUAAGCUUUAAUAAAUGGAUAGUUAAGAUUAUAAGAGCUCUUAAUAUUCACCACAAGUAGGGAGCUAAACUCUGCGCAGAAGAAAAACAGCUAACCAUAUGGUUAUCACUCCAUUGAAUUAAAAUACACAAAAAAUAUAAAGCCCAAUUAACAAAGAAGAAAUCAUUUACAAUCUAACAAGUAGAUAAAGCCAAAAAACUGAAAGAAUUAUGAACUUAUUCUAGUAGCAGCAUGCUACUUUUAGCACUUCCUAAUCAUAAAGCGCUUUAAACUAUGAUAGAGCAGCCUUGAUGAGAUAGUUGUAUUUCUUAUUACCUGAUUUAAAGAAAUUUGUUACAGAGGAAAUAGAAAAAGAUGAUGAACUAAAGACUAGCGUCUUUUCGUUUUACAUGAUGUAAGACAUAAAUGAAUUCUCAUUUCACUUUAGCUAGUAUUUAGAUCAUUUAGCUGAGUAGCGCUAACUUACUUAAAAGACUUUUCCAAAUAAAUUUCCAAAAAAAAUAUUAUCAAAAAUAACUAGUUUUAUGCUGAAUUAUUUAUCUCAGCAACCAGAAAAUAGCGAAUAACUUAAAUGUUUAUUAAACGAAUAAAUAAGUAAAUCUCUUCACAUUGUGAUGCCUUCAACUUUAUUAGAAGCGCUAGGUGGAUAUAGCAAAGUUAGAGUCCUAAGCUAAGAAAUCUUCAAGAUGUUGCAAACUAGCGCUCUUUCCAGCCAUAUUUUAAUCCACCCUGAAGAAGAAGGAGCAAAUAAAAUUGAAGAAUUUUUACUUGCAGCAUUGUAAUCAGAUUAGUCUAAAACUUAAAAAAUGAUUGACGAAUUUAAAAAAUACACAGGAACAAGCUUUAGUGGGGCUGAGUUUUAUGUUAUGAAGCAAAUUUUAUACAACUAUUUUAAUUCUCAUACAUAUUAUUCUGAUGAAGUUAAAAAUGCUUUCUUUGAGCUUUUAGAAGGUGUGCGCUACUAAGUUACAGAAGAAGAAGGUUUUAACUAAUUAUUAUUAGAAUAAAAAUAAGCUGAUUUAAUAAAAGAAAUGCAUUUCAUUUGGAAAUAAGAUCCUAUUUUAAGUAAGCUAAAAGAAUCAUUCAAAAAUUCUUCAUUAUCUUUUAUCUAAACUGUCUUUGAUUACACUUUUUCUAGUAAUAACUGCUAUCAAAUUAGUAGUGCUUACUAUGAUAGCUUCUCCACCUAAUUAGAUAUAUUAGUAGUAAAAUCUCUUCAUUAAAUGGUCAAGGUUGCUACAAGGAGAUAAGGAAUAACUUAAAAUUUAGUUUAAAUGAACAUCAAUUUCUUAUUUAAGAAAUUCUAAUGGUUUAUAUAAAAAACUAAUAGCAACUAUGUCAGUGUAGUAGGAAAUUGUAAAGAAAUUUCUGAUCAAAUGCUUUUUAUAAUCUUGAAUUAAAAAGUAAAUAAUGACUCUCCAACAGUACCUUCACCCACAAAACCUAGCAAUAGCAUCACUGAUCUUGACAGUAAACAAAUUGCUAAAACUAAAAAUAAUAAAUUUAGGUUACUCUAUUAACUUUAAUAAUCCAAUUAAUAACAAAAUUAACAAAAAUAAAAUCUUUCUACAUAUUAACCUCUAACUGAUAUUUCAAACUUUUCCCAAUUCUUGAGUCUUUUCUUUAAUUUCUACUCCACAUUUCAUUAUUCUGAUUUAGUUAACUUCUUUAAGUCAGAAAAAUGUACAAUAGAAAUAUUUUAAUUUUGGACUUAGAUAUUCUCAGAGGCCCUUGUAGACGUUAGAGGAAUAUCAACUAAAUUAGCAGGUGAAAUUAGCAAAUUUAUUUAUGAUCUCUUUGAAUUUUUAAAAAAUAAAUGA